AUGAAGUUCUCAGUUGCUGCAUUGGCGCUUCCUGUUGCGGUCCAGGCUGCCUUUUACUCCAAGUCGGAGUAUGCCUCUGGACAGGUUCAUCAGAAGUUGAUGAAGCUGAAGAAUGAUCAAUGGGAGCGCGAUGUGGCAGAGGGCAAGCAAGAUCCCACUCAGUGGGACUCUUUCUCUACCUUGAAGAAGGGAGCAUGGGCACCGGGAAAGAACGACGCCCGCAUCCCUUGCAAGGAUGGCCUCGCUAUCGCUGAGCCAGGAAACGCCAACCAGACCUACCGCUGCAAGAACAUGGACCUCUACGACUUCAUCAGCCACGCCGACAUGGGUGGCCCAGAAGGCCGCGGAUCCUCGUCCUGGGGCUGGACUGCCGCCAACGGCCGCGAGUUUGGCAUUGUCGGCCAGUUCUCUGGCGCCGCCUUUGUCGAGGUUCUCAAGAACGGCCAGAUGGUGUACCUUGGUCGUCUCCCUGCUCAGAGCGAGGGUUCGCGAUGGCGCGAGAUCCGUGUUCUGAACGACUGGGUCAUUAUCGGCUCUGAGGCUGUUGGCCACAACGUUCAGAUCUUCGACAUGAAGAAGCUUCUGACUGUGGACCCCGCCUCCCCCAAGACCUUCGACCCCAAGACCGACCUCGUCGGCCUCUUCUCCGACCUCCCCAUCGGCCGCACGCACAACGUCGUCGUAGACUGGGACCACGACUCCAUCCUCGCCGUCGGCGCCCAGCCCCGCAACGAAACCUGCAAGUCGGGCCUCAAGUACAUCGACCUCUCCAACCCCAGCAAGCCUACCUCCCCCGGCUGUGCAAGCAGCGACGGCUACGUCCACGACGCCCAGUGCGUAAAGUACAACGGCCCCGACCGCAGUUUCCGCGGCCGCAACAUCUGCAUAGGCUACAACGAAGACACAAUUACCGUGUAUGAUUCGACGUUCAAGAACGGAAACCCAGCCUCGGAGAUCCUAUCCACCCUCUCGUACCCCGGUGCGUCCUACUGCCACCAGGGCUGGUGGACCGAGAGCAACUGGCACCAGUACGUGCUCAUGAACGACGAGCUCGACGAAGUCAACGCCGCGGGCCCUGCUGCUUCGGGCCGCCCAAUCACCCACAUUAUCGACUUGACCGAUCUCCGUAACCCCAAGGCGACCGGAACCUUUUUUGCGACUGACCACAAGGCUAUCGAUCACAACCUGUACAUUGUAGAUGGCCUUGCGUACCAGAGUAACUACGGCGCGGGUCUCUGGGUCCACGACGUCAAGUCUGUAAGCAAGGAUCCUACCGGCAAGGGCGUUACCGUCGAGGGCUUCUUUGAUAUCUACCCCGAGGAUGAUGCUGCUGGUGGUACCGUUGCGUUUGUGGGUACUUGGUCACACUUUUUGUUUCCCUCGGGAUACGUGCUCGUUAAUACUAUUGAGCGCGGCGCUUUCACCGUCAAGCUUAACAAGGGCCGUGGUGCUAGGCGCGGUCGCGGUCACGGUGGCAAGUCCCGAUAA